GGGCGGGGCGGCGUUGCUGCCUGGGCGACGCGGUCCCGCGUCGGUGGUCGGCCGGCUGGGGGUGGAAGGCGCUGACUCGUGGGCGCGGGGCUCGUGGGCCCCCCGCGGCCGGGAACGGUGGCUUGUGCGGCCGCCUGGCGUCAGGGCACGGGGCCUCGGGCUUGUCGCUGGCCGAGGGGGCGUCCACGCCCUGGUCUCAGUGGCCCUGAGGGUUCUUAAUUAUUUGCUUUAAAAAAAUUUGUAUUCCUGGGGCCGCACCUGAUUUGCCCACCUAUCCGCUUUCCUUUUUUUUCUUUUUCCGUGGUUAGCAUUUGCUCUGCUGUUUACUCGAUUAUUCCUGUUUUUCCUGGCCUCUCUCACAUUCCUUUAUUUCUCCUUAUCUUCUCUCCUUCCUAAGGCUAGAUAAGAGUUCUGCAUUACCCUGUCUCCAGCUUGGCUGAACAGCCGUAAUUAGUACAAGCUUUCUUCCCUUUCCUUUUUAAACAUUUUUUUCCCUUCUUACUUCAGGUGAUGCCUUUUUCUAGUUCUUAUUAUUCUGACCGCUUUUGUGGGACCGGAGUCAAUUCUCAGGCCAAUGUCUGAAGGUAGAUCAUGAUUUAUUUACUGAAGGUGACCUCUUCUUAAGCUCAGUGAAGCCGCCAGAUGCGGGAAUGUUUGCCCCGUCUGAAGCCCAGAUAAACGCCUCCAUCCGUGAUAGUUAUCCUUGUGACAGGCUCCUGAGGCUCCUGGCCAGAAGCUGGAGGGGGUUGGCCAACAAGAGGGAGAAACGACUCAGCUGUGCUUCCUACCUCUGAUCUCAGAAAUGUCUGCAGACGGUGGAGGCACCCGCGCUGCCCAGGACAAGGAGAGAGCCCGAGAGGUUCCAGGUCAUGGGGAUCCUUGUCAAGAAAUGCUUUCUGAGUCGGAGGAGAUGGUGCCUUUGGGAGCCGCUCAGGAGUCACCCCACAUCAAGACGGAGCCGGAAGAGCCACAACCUGAGGGGGCACUGCAGGGGGAUGGGGCUCCAGGAACGCCGGGCUGGGUGUCCCUAAGCCAGGGCUCUAAAGAGAAAGCUCUUUUCCUGCCUGGUGGAGCCCUCCCCUCCCCCCAGAUCCCCGGGCUUGCUCGCGAGGGCAGGACCAGAGACCGGCAGAUGGCUGCGGCACUGCUCACCGCCUGGUCCCAGAUGCCGGUGACCUUUGAGGACGUGGCUCUGUACCUCUCCCGGGAGGAGUGGGGGCGGCUGGACCACGCGCAGCAGAGCUUCUAUAGGGACGUCCUGCAGAAGAGGAAUGGGCUGUCCUUGGGAUUUCCCUUCAGCAGACCUUUCUGGGCCUCCCAAGGACAGGGCAAGGGUGAGGCCUCGAGCUCGUGCCGGCAGAUGGGAGAUGAGGAGGAGAAGCCAGAAUUUCCCUGGGUCCCUCACGGAAGUCUCUCUCUUGCUGGAAACUCUCCUUCUCCAGGAGCCACUGAGAUGGGAAAGGAGGAGCCAGCCCCAUCCCUGGCAUCCCUGGCAGCCCUUGGGGAUGUGAAGUCUUUCAGAAGCAGGGUGGGGAGAGCCCAGGGGGACAUCCUGCAGUGCGGGCAGCAAGCAGGCAGCGGCCAGAGCUCGGGGCCAGCCAAAGACGAUGGGCAGCCGGGUCCCCUGGAGGAGAGGCAGGCGAAACCGACCCCGCCCGACACCAGCCUCGCGAAGGCCCAGGAGGGCCACCUCCCAGAGAAACCCAGAGAGGGGCGAACGGGCACCCCCGAGAGCAGCGAGGAGGGCCUGGCCCCCGACGGUGACGCCAGUAAGAAGACCUACAAGUGCGAGCAGUGCGGCAAGGGCUUCAGCUGGCACUCCCACCUGGUGACCCACCGGCGCACCCACACAGGCGAGAAGCCCUACACCUGCACGGACUGCGGCAAGCGCUUUGGCCGCAGUUCGCACCUCAUCCAGCACCAGAUCAUCCACACGGGCGAGAAGCCCUACACCUGCCCCUCCUGCUGGAAGAGCUUCAGCCACCACUCGACGCUGAUCCAGCACCAGCGCAUCCACACGGGCGAGAAGCCCUAUGUGUGUGAGCGCUGUGCCAAGCGCUUCACCCGCCGCUCGGACCUGGUCACCCACCAGGGCACCCACACGGGCGCCAAGCCCCACAAGUGCCCCAUCUGCGGCAAGUGCUUCACGCAGAGCUCGGCCCUGGUCACCCACCAGCGCACCCACACUGGGGUCAAGCCCUACCCGUGCCCCGAGUGCGGCAAGUGCUUCAGCCAGCGCUCCAACCUCAUCGCGCACAACCGCACGCACACGGGCGAGAAGCCCUACCACUGCCUCGACUGCGGCAAGAGCUUCAGUCACAGCUCACACCUCACCGCCCACCAGCGCACCCAUCGUGGCGUCCGGCCCUACUCCUGCCCCCUCUGUGGCAAGAGCUUCAGCCGCCGCUCCAACCUGCACCGGCACGAGAAGAUCCACACGACGGGGCCCAAGGCCCUGGCCAUGCUGAUGCUGGGGGCGGCGGGGGCUCUGGCGGCCCCCCCACCUGCUCACACUUAGGAGGCCGGGCACGGGGGAGACGUGAGGGCAGCGUGAGAAGGGGUGUGGGAAGGGAGUGGGAGGUGCUGGCAUGGGGUGGGGCAUGGCAACACAGGAGCUAGGGCGAGGCGCGGGCACGCUAGCUGCAAAUUAAAGGCCUUGGAAUUCUAGCCACCGCUUAUGCUCUGUCUCGUGGGGCCCUGGCAGUGAGUCCGACCGGGGGGCCUCCAUGGCUGAGGCAUCCCUGAGUCAUUGCUGUUGGGGCUUGGGUACUCUCUUUCCCAGCCUUGACCUGACUUGGGGCCAGUCCAGAGCAUCCGGACCCUAAGUUUACAAGCAAAGGCUUCUGGGCACAGAGGUUUCCAAACCUGAAGCCAGCCAGCCACUUUGGAGACUCUGGAUCCCCCUGGAGGGGCGGUCUGCUGCCACCACCGCUCCUGUCCCCAGGGACAUUGCCCCUGAGCCCAGGACCCUCCCUUGGCUCUUCUGUUUGGGAGCUGGAGCAGGGUUGAGCCAGCUGGGAACUCAUGUUCCUUGUCUGCGGCCCUCCCUGUCUCCUGUCUCAGGCACUGGAGGCCUGUUUUGUGACUGGACAUUUUCCAUGUGUUUCCACUGGGGCCUGGCCGUAAUCCAGUGAGGAUUCCUCCCUUACCAGGGACCACUGUCCCUCCUGGUGCCUUCUGAGGCUGCAGUCAGCUCCUUCUGGUACUUUUCACAUCCUUGGCCUCUUUGUACAUGUCCUUUAUAAUUUGCCCUACCUGCCCCUGUCUGGCUCUUUUACUCUUGGCCUUCUGCUUUUCUGACCUCUGUAUUUCUAUUUCCCAUUCUCUUUUUCUCCUGGGGAGGAAUGGGCUCAGCCUGCUUAUUAUCCAAACUUUGCAGCUUGGCUUCCAAGAUGACACUGUGUUCUGACGCCGACUGACCUUGAGGACACCUGCAUAUGGGCGGCCAUUGAGACUCCACCUGCCUCCCUGAAUCGGGGCCAGCAGGGUGGCUGCCGCCCUGGCUGGCUCCAGGCUCUCAAGGGAGUUGGAGCAGGAGCGGGGACUGACUGAUAAUAGCUGCCAGUCAAGGGGCCAAGUGCCAUGUAUAUGUCGCUUCUAGUCUCCACAACUCUGAGCAGUGGACCCCGUCCCAGUCUUAUAGAUGAGGAAACAGCCGAGAGAGCGGUCCAAUAACUUAGCCAACAACCAGGGAGCUGGAAGCUGGGGUUCAGGUCCAGGGAUUUCAUUGUGUAAAGAAUACCUCUGCUUCCAUGCAUCCCAACGACUACUGGCUGGCUAGUGCAUGUUAUGAGGUGGAGCUGUCCAAAAAGAGUAAGACAGACUGUAGACUCGAACUUCAGGCUGCUGGACUCAGCCGGAGAUGGCGAGUCGGGGAGCAGGUCAUCAGCCAGAUGCCAGGAAGCUGCGGACUAGUGGGAGCCCAGGCAGAACUUGGUUGUGUCUGGCAGGUCUCAGUGGGAUCUAGGGUUGGGUUGCUGGCCGGACUGGUUGAAUUAGAUGGCUCUUGAAGACGUGAGAAAGAAAGCUGUUUCUUCCCUUCAGCUUGUCUUCAUGGCUCCGGUCACUCAGUCAAAAAUGGGAUUUCUCAGCUUGGCUCAAUGUAAGGGGCUGAGGGGGGCUUAUUCACAUAAAGCAGGCUUGCAGCUUCCAGGAGCUUGUUUUCUGAUGAAAGAGGCAGGAAGGACACUCGUUAAACUUGGUACAAGCUUAGCACAGAGGACGUAUUUGCACAGUGCCUAUUCAUUUGCUUCUUUGGGCUUUAUGGCCAGUGUGCCAGGACUUGAACAGCUCAGAGAUCUGUCGAGUGAGCCAGGGGAUCGUUUAAAGACUCCACUCUGGCUUCUGAGGAACUCAGAGACCUGGAGAAACUGUUUCCCCUUUUCAUAGCACCGUGGAGAGGAACGUGAUUCCAAGGGCCCCAUGGGUCUCAGUCCACUUCUGCCUAGAGACCCAUCCAGAGGCUACCAUUCUGGGAUAGAGCUGGCGAGAACAUUUUUUGACUGGAACUUGGCAAUUUAGGAAACAUUUGACAAGAACAACUAAGACUGCAGAAGUAGUGGAGAUGUCGUGGAAGGGCCUAGAAUGUGAGGCUGAAGGGUGUUCGUGACAUGGUGGGUGAUGGAGAAGUAGCUGACUGGGAAGGGGGUCGCCAGGGAAGGGUCUUGGUGUCUCUGGCGGGCUUCCUCCUGGCUUCUGCUCACACCUGGCCUCCUAGCCUUCCGGCCUUGGAGGGCCCCCACCUGGUUGCUCACGCUUCAUCUGCGCCUGCGCCGUCAGAGGGAGGGCGAGGGUGAGGGCGGAGGCGGGGAAUCGUCCCUGCGGGCUGCCCACCCGCUGCCUGUGCGGCCCAAGGCACGGCCCAGGUACUUGCUGCAGGGGCUGAGGGCCCAGCUGGCCCUGCUGCGCUCCCCAGGCCGGGGGCGUCUCCCGCACUUGGGUGACUCCGCAGGGUAGCGAGGCCGGGCGCGAGCGAUGGGGUAGGAGGCCCAUCCUCACUAAGGGGCCUCCCGGCGAGGAGGAUGGGUUUCCGGAGGGCUCCGCCCACCAGCUCAGACCUUAGCCAGUCAGGGGGCGGGGCGGGGCGAGGGGCGGGCUGCAGCGGAACCGGCCAAUCACGACCCUUUUUCUCCCCCACCGCUCCCCAAGCGGCACGGUUGCCCGGCAACAUCCGAAAAUCUCCGCUUUGAAGUUUUCCCUUUUCCCCUCUGUCCGGUGGCCGUUGCCGAAGGGACUAAGGAUGGGGGCCUGGACUGCUGACCUCGCCACCCCCCUAGCCUUCACAGCCGGCCCUGGGCCUACUACCGAAGUGCCAAGCCUCCUGCGGUCCUAGAGGGGCCGCGGGCGAGGGCCGGACGGCCCGGGCCAGAGCCGCUUCCGGUUUCGAGCUCCCAGCCCCGGCAUCUCGUUGCUGGCUGGGAACUCUGGGAGCCCGAUCCCGGCAGCCACCUAUGGCCCCUGCACUGGAGCUGGGCGGGCGCGCGGAAACCUCCCGCCGGCGCUCUAGCACCUUCCGAGCCCCGGAGCAGGGCCUGACAGUGGUGCUGGGGAGACCUGGGCGCGGGCGCGGGAACCGUCUGGAGGGAGACCCCUCUUGGGGGCGGGGGGA